UUUAGUUGGGUAACGCAAGCUUAAAAAUUGUGAGCGAGUCUCUAAAAUGAGAACAUUUAACAAUCUGAUUGGUAAUUAUUAAGAACCCGUAGUAUUGUUACUUUAAAAAAAAUUGUGCACACUGAAUACAAAAUUAAUUUAUACUGACGAUACCGUAAUACACAGUUAUAUUUCCCAGGAAGAAAUGUUUCCGCAAAUGAAAAGAAAAUCUCGAUAGCCUUUUUAAUCUGUCGUGGUGAGGAUAUAUCCCCCCACCCAUCAGCAAUUAAUCUUUUUUUAAACAAAAUUAUUGUAUUGUAAAGUGAAGGGAACCAGUGCCAAAUCCAGACAGCCAUCCAACUCCACUCCAGAUUUUUUGAUCCCCUUUAUUUUUCUCGGUAAUUUAUCCCAGGGUUCGCAAAUUCUAUCUUGUUACAAGCAGGACGCCUGUAGGUUUGUUUCAUGGCCUCAUUACUUACUGAUCUGGGUGGCUGUGAAGUCUUGGAUUGAAGGCGGAAUGUGAAGUUUGAAAACUUUACCUUGGUGUUUUUUUUUUUCUUCAAUUUUUUUUUUGUUAUUAUUUUUAUUGGAGACUCGAGUCCUGUUAAUCUUGUCAGAUUGUAACUGAUGCAUUUUUUGCUGUUAAGAGAAGAAAGAGGAUUUUAACUGGAUGGUUCACUUUUUGACUGGCAUUAUACAGCAAUUUGAAUUUUGAUUGGGCUCUAUGGUAUUAAUAUGAGGCAGUUCUGUAAUCUUGGUAGGGUAUUUGUUUUGUCGCCUUGCUGGAACAAAAUGACCGAAGGCACUGAAGGAUGUGAUGGAUCUGGACAUAAGGUUGUAGAGCUAAGGAUGCACUGAUAUAAUUAAAGGGGAAAAAAGAAAGGAGGGUUAGAUACGCAGGUGAACAACGAAUGUCCUCUCACCAAGUUCAAGUCGGGGGAAUUCAUCGACAUUUUAUGCCAGAAAUCUCACCUCCAGGAUGUCCAUGAAUAGUUCCACAGGUGAAAAAAGUGUGGAUCCAAACGCAGUUGAUACUUAUGACAGUGGUGAUGAUUGGGAAAUUGGGGUUGGCAAUUUGAUCAUUGACUUGGACGCUGAUUUGGAGAAAGACAGACAAAAAUUGGAGAUGAAUAAUUCUGCUAAUAACACCACCAGCUCAAAGGAUUGUGGGGGUCUGACAUCCAGUGGUGCUAAUGCAACAUCAGCCUUAUCGGAUGGCUUAAAAUUUACAUCUGUUCAGCCCCCUGCUCCCCAGGGAAAUUCCAAUAAGGAGACUGGCAAAUCCAAAGUGAAAAGGAACAAAACUUCUAAGGAUGCGAAUAAAUCUCUUUCCUCUGCUGCAUUGUAUGGGAUUCCAGAGAUCAGCAGUGCUGGUAAGAGGCAGGAAGUUCAAGGGCGCCCUGGGGAGGGACCUGGCAUGAAUUCAGCUCUGGGCCAAGCUGUUAGUAACCCAAACACUUGUAAUGCAAUUGUUUCAUGCACUAAAAUCAAAGAAGAAAAAAAUGGUAAAAAUCAGAGCAGGGGCUCAAAAAGGGAUAAGGAUGUCAAUAAAGCGAGGAAGGAAAAGCAUGAAAUUGGACAUGCGAAUUCAAGUGCCAGUCCCUCAUCUGGCCAUCUAUACGGAUUUGGAGCCAAAGGGAGUCCAUAUCAUGGGGACACUGUGGUGGGAGAUGUUAACAAAAGUGGUCUGGAUUCAGGGAUAAUGGGGAACUCUAUAGUUUUAAAGAAAGAGGAGGACGAAGAGGAGAGCCACAGACUAAUGAAGAAAUUGAAAUCCGAAAAGGUGGAUCCCUUGUUUACAGUGCCUGCACCUCCUCCACCAAUUUCCAGCAGUAUACCACCACAACUCCUGCCUUCCUGUUUUUCUCCAUCCUCAAACAUUUCUGCCCCAACUGAACAACUGUUAGUAAGGACUCGUUCAAUGGGAGUAAAUACAUGUGAAGCUGGAGUUGUAACGGAACCAGAAUGCCUUGGGCCGUGUGAACCUGGAACUAGUGUUAACCUUGAGGGCAUUGUAUGGCAUGAAACUGAAGAAGGUGUCCUUGUGGUGAAUGUGACAUGGAGGAACAAGACCUAUGUGGGGACACUACUGGAUUGCACAAAACAUGACUGGGCCCCUCCCAGGUUUUGUGAAUCGCCAACAAGUGACCUUGAGAUGCGAGUCGGCCGGGGCAGAGGCAAACGGGCACGCCCUGUGGCUGCCAACCCUCCUGGUGCGGACCCCAGCUUUACUGAGAUGAGGGGACUGCAAAACAAGAACCGUGGCGGGGCCAAUGGUAAAGGGAGGCGGGGGAGCCUAAACUCCAGUAGUGGCCGGCGGACACCCCCAAACUGCACCUUGGAGGAGAUAAAGGCCAGCCCAACAUCCACCAACAAGCGGAAGAACAAGCUGUCCAUGGAGCUGGAUCUCAACUGCAGCUCAGAAGACAUAAAACUUGGAAAGCGGGUUCGCACAAACUCUAGGAGCACACCCACCACCCCUCAAGGGAGGUCUGAGGCUUCUUUUUUGGAGCAAGGUUGCUCCUCUCCAGUGCUCAUAGACUGCCCUCAUCCCAACUGUAACAAGAAAUACAAGCACAUCAAUGGGCUGCGGUACCACCAGGCACACGCACACUUAGACCCAGAAAAUAAGAUGGAGUUUGAGCCAGAGAGUGAGGAUAAAAUUUCUGACUGUGAUGAGGCCCUGAGCAAUGUGGCUCUGGAAUGCACAGAAACAGGCUUUGGUUCUCCAAAAGGUCCAAAUUCUCCUGGCAGCUUAAGUGCACCAGGAACACCAAAGGGCAAAAGGGAAGUGCUUAACAGUGCCCAGAGUCCUGUGAUGAAUUCUAAGGCUGGCAAGAACACUGGUAAAAAGAAGGGACUUACCAAUGAUCUAAAUAACUUUCCUGUCAUCUCAAACAUGGCCGCAGCUUUGGAAAACUGUGUCGCUGCUGCUGAUGGUAAUCCGGCUGCGGAGAUGCCAAAACUUGAAGCUGAGGGUAUGAUUGACAAGAAGUGUGUGGGUGACAAGGACAAGGGAAAAAAAGCAAGCAAUGGGAAAUUGGAUAAAUCCUUAUCCAAGCCCAAGACCACCAGGCCUAUUGCUCCAGCCCCUCCCCCUCCCCAGUUGAUAGCCAUCCCUACUGCCACCUUCACUGCCACCACCACAGGUACAAUUCCAGGCUUGCCUUCACUGACGACCACAGUUGUCCAGGCAACACCAAAGAGCCCUCCCUUGAAGCCCAUUCAACCAAAGCCUACAAUAAUGGGAGAACCCAGUACUGUAAACCCUGCCCUGGUCUCACUCAAAGACAAGAAAAAAAAGGAGAAGCGGAAGUUGAAAGAAAAGGAAGGCAAAGAAGCAGGGAACUCCAAAAUAGAAACAAAACUCGCAAAGAUUGAGGACCCCAAGAACGCUGGGAAAGAGUUACCAGGGCAUUUUUUAAAGGAACACUUGAACAAAAGUGAGGUGCUAGCAAACGGCCUAUCUGAAUCUCAAGAGAGCAGGAUGGCCAGCAUAAAAGCAGAGGCCGAUAAGGUCUACACAUUUACGGAUAAUGCCCCCAGCCCCUCAAUAGGGAACUCAUCCAGACUGGAGUGCAAUGGACAAUCCCCCAUGACCCCAAUACUUGUCUUGACUCAAAAUGGGGGUGAUGGUACUGCCUAUUCAGAUAUAUCAGAUGCUGCAGAUGAUGGUGGCUCGGACAGCCGUUCGGAAGGCUUGAGGUCCAAGACCAGCUCUCCAUUGGAGAUGAGUUCCAAUAAGGAGAGUGUAGUCAAGAGCCUUCCAACUACCCCUGUUCAAGCAGCCCAGGUGAAGGAGUCACAGUCUCCUUAUUACCAUGGAUAUGACCCUUACUAUUCCCCAAACUAUAUGCACUCUGGACAGGGCAAUGCCCCUGCCUCUGAAAACGGUGGCACACCACCAGGUAGUAAAACCAAGAAAGAGGGUUUUGAGGAGGAAAAUGACAAAAAGGAGAAGGUGGCGGUCUUGAAUUCAGACUCUAAAAAGAGUGAAAUGAUCAAUUCAAAUUUACAGGCCCAGCACCAAUCUGUGAUUACCCAGAGACACCCUGCACUUGCCCAGUCACUUUAUUAUGGACAAUAUGCCUAUGGACUUUAUAUGGACCAGAAAUCCUUAAUGUCCUCCAAUGCUGCAUAUAGGCAGCAGUACGAGAAGUAUUAUGAGGACCAACGGUUGGCAGAGCAGAAAAUGGCUCAGAUCACCUGGGAGGGAGAAAGGAAAGCUGAACUCCAGCAUAAAGAACAAGGAAAGGAAGACAUGAAACAGAAGACAAUCCCAUCAGCCACAAUCUCAAAAGCUCCAGCCACCCUGGAAUCCAACAAGAAAUGUAGCAGUAAAGCUGGACCUGGGGCUCCCAUAAAAACAGAGGACACUGGGAAAUGCCAGAUUCUGUCGAGCCGUCAGCAGCAGCAGCAGUUGCAAUCGGAAAAUUUUAAAACCAAGCAAAUGGAGAACCACCAACUGAUCAAAGAAGCAGUUGAAAUGAAAUCUGUAAUGGAUUCUAUGAAGCAAACUGGGGUGGAUCCUACACUGAGGUUCAAACAGGAACAGGAUUCCCGAUCUUGGCACCAUUACGUCUACCAGCCCAAAUACACAGAGCAACAAAAACCAGAAGACCUCGAUAAGAAGCCUAAAGAGGACGGUCUCAGUAAGACUACCAAAAAGGAAAUUGCUGGCCUCAACCUUCCAGUCUCACAAGCCACUAUAAAGGAGGAGUCCAAGGACUUUAAAAAGCAGGACUCUCAUUCCGGCUCUUUGGAGGACUGUAAAAAACCAGACGAUCGCAGGAUGCCGGUCAGUGGGAAGGACUCUCGAGGUGCACGGGUUGCAGUCUCAUCACCCAUGAGCCAGCACCAGUCCUAUAUUCAGUACCAGCAUGCCUAUCCUUAUUUGCAGAUGUAUGAUCCCAACCACCCAGCCUACCGCGCUGUCUCCCCUGUUUUAAUGCACAGCUACCCUGGUUUCCAUUACCCCAUCUAUGGGAAGAUGGCAGGCAGAGAAGAAGUGGAGAAAGCAAACACCAGCCCCAGCAUAAGCACUAAACCGGCUUCAGAGUCAAAAGCACUAGACUUGCUCCAGCAGCAUGCCAAUCAGUAUCGCAGCAAAUCUCCUGGGCCUGCAGAGAGGGGCCCUUCUGAACGAGAGAGAGAAGCAGAGCGGGAGAGAGAUCGCCAUUCCCCAUUUGCACGACACCUUCACACGCAUCAUCACACGCAUCUCGGAAUGGGCUAUCCCCUCAUACCCGGCCAGUAUGACCCUUACCCUGGGUUGACCUCUGCUGCCCUUGUUGCCAGUCAGCAGGUGGCUGCUCAGGCUUCUGCAUCUGGUAUUUUUCCCACACAAAGGAGAGAAUGAUUUGGAGAACUGUACAUAGGCAUGUGACUGGAUCACAUGAGCAAAUGCUUUAUUACAGACAUCAGUUCCAUGGUGUUGACAUUUGAUUGCCUUGAUGGCAGGCAAAAAAAAACUGUCAUUUUUGUUUUUUUGAAUUGAAUAUUUUAUAAGAGUUACCAAUGUUGCUGUAAUUUAGACUUUUGUUGAAAUAUAUAUUCUUACCUUUUAUUUGUAACAGUAACCAGGCUCACACAUGCAGGGUCAGCUGCUAAUGGCAAGCAUUGGAAAAUAAAUGUGUUUGUCACAUUUGGGAAAGUGUUAGCCACAAAAUGGCCACUUUAUUAUUUUGUAUAGAAAUAUAUCGUUAUGUAUCGGUGUGCCUGAACGUAUGUAUAUUGUAAUAUUUCCGACAUGCCCUGACACUUUGGUACUAUGUAUAUGUAUACUAUUUAGUGGCUCCUUGGGUUUCUAUUUAAAAAGAAAAGAAAAUUGCAUCUGUGUAAAUUUGACUGUAUUCUGUUUGUUGUUUACUGUGUAUUGUGAAGAAUCUUGAUUUUGAGGGCUUUGGGUGCCAGUACCAUAAAACUGUGGUGUAUAUACUGUAUAGAUUUUAAAUGGCAGAAUAUAAGAGUCUGUGAAUAAUAUUAAAGAAAGCUUGUUUUUAUAUGACCUUGAAUGGCAGUUUACCCGAUAGCCUGCAUAGCUGAAGACAUUUGUGAUUGUUCUAUUACUUGAAUAGUCCUGCAGUCUUUUAAAUGUUUACAAUUAUCCACAUUUAGGGGUGAGACUUAAAUGCCGUUGCCUGGUUACUUGUUCCAUGCUGUAAUCUAGUUUAUUUUAUGUAAAGUGUAUAUUGAAUGCUUUCUUUUUUAUACCUGCCUUAAAAUAAUAAUAAUAAUUAUAAUAAUGAUAAUAAUUUGGCAAUCAAAAUAAAAAAAAGUUUGUUUUUUG